CGGGACCCCUGGCGUCGGCAACUGGACAAUCAGCAGCCAGCUGCCUCGAGGGAUUCGGUUCAUUUGCGUUGCUGUCACUCCCACUCCAAAUCCCCCAUCUUCGCCAUGGAAAAACGUACCAACGAGUCCCCGAUGGACUUCGAAUGGCAAACGAAGGCCCCCGGAGAUGUGACGUCCCCUUUCUACCAACUAGCGAUGGAGCAUGAGAAGAGUGGAAAUAAGCGCCCAUUCAGUGUCUUCAAUUCCCCAACGAAAACCUUUACGGAGCCGAAUCAGCGCUUUGAAUUCUCGCAACCGCUAGACACAACACCCGCUUUUCAUCCCAACCCAGCCUUCGCGACACCACGAAAAUUAGAUUUCGACUUUUCAUCCGGGCCAGAAAACUCGCCUGAUACCCACGUAGACAACGAUGAAACUCCAGAGCCGCCGUCAAAAUCUGACCGAAGGAAUUCGUUGUUUAACUUCUACGGUAGAUUCGCCCCGAGCCCAGGUCGUGGCGAGAUUCCCCGUAUAGAUAGGUUUGCAAAUGUGGCGAUCCGGAGAGUUCAGAAACGAAGGAAACGAGAGAGAGAGGUAGAAAGACACUUGCGCAAAGUCAGUGAGGCGGACUCUGUCUCGACAGCCCGUGAGAGGCAUACCAGACGCGAUAAACCGCCAAGAGAAGGAAUACAAAUGCAUCAAGACAUACCCUUUUUUUCCCGGCUCUUUACAUUUCUCGAAUCUCACCCACAUAUUCCCCGCAUUCUGUCGUACUAUGUUCAGUUCACGUUUAAUCUUGUCCUUGCCUUCCUCGCUCUCUAUGUUAUUGUCGCCUUCCUACUUGCGAUCAAACACGAUAUGGAUCGCACAAGAGAGGGGGUGUCCGCCGAUAUUUUGGCUGAAAUGGCCACCUGCACCAAGAACUACGUUGAAAACAGGUGUAGCGGAGAAGAUGGGAGAAGAUUACCGGCUCUGGAGGCUGUCUGCAAUAACUGGGAACGGUGCAUGAACCAGGACCCAGCCAAGGUUGGGAAAGCAAAGGUCUCAGCUCAAACAUUGGCGGAAGUUCUCAAUGGGUUUAUCGAGCCUAUUAGCUUUAAAACCAUGAUAUUCUUUAUCGCUUCGAUUACAUCCUGCGUUGCGGUCUCAAACUUGACAUUCUCCUUCUUUCGAAAUAAAUCAAAUAAUCCUCCCGAAUCGAUGCCCUCGCGCAGACCAUUUACUCCACCUAGUAUGUACCCUAGCUCGUCGCAGGUUGCUUUUACCUCUGGGCACAGUGGAUUUGGAAUGGGAGCCCCGGGUUAUGCGCCAUACUCGGUGCAAGGUAUAAUUCCGCCUUUCGACAUGAGCCCAGUGAAGUGUACCGAUACCGAUGAGCAUCAACGGCAGAUCGAUUUUGGGCAGUUUACACGCCGGGUACAAACGCCCAGUCCAUCCAAGCGGGAAUCUAAGUUUGCUUAG